CUGUGGAAGUUAUUACUGGGAUGCCGAGAGGAUCUGAAAUCCUACAAACUUCCCUAUGCAAAUCCCUGCACCCUAUAGUCUGCGUGCAGAACCCUGAAGGACCCCCAGCCCCCACUCCAACAAAACAAGAAGAAAGCUCUUUGGAACACACUUUUUUAGGCAUUUUACAGCAACAACGUACAACAAAAACAUCUCAAAUCCAUUUAAUGUGCUGGAGUGGACAAAGUUCGCGAUUUUUUUUUUUUAUAUUCGUUUUUUUGCUAUUUAAUUUCUCCGCAGUCUCAAACCUUAAUACAAAUAUAGGGUACAACAUUUCUAUUUAGUUAAAAAGCCAAGUCGGUCGCCUCGUGAGAUUUUGUAGAAAAGAAGAAAAGUUUUUUUGGGGGACCUGAGCACAUCAAGCACUUUUGCACUCAAAUGUUCUCUUGCUAGAAUACAAAGAAACUGACUUUUUCUGUGGUCAGAUCCUCAUUUCUAUUACAUUUCUGCAACGCUGCCGGACUUCACUACAGUGGAAGAAAAUAAUCUUUCGCAUAAGCUUUCGGAUGUUUUAGCAGCUUGUGGGACUUUUCUGUACUUAUUAAGCAAUGCGUUGAUUUUAGGAUUUAUCCGCCCUUUACCCAGAGUACAAGAAAGCUGAUCACUUCUGGUUUUAAUUUAUUUUUGGAAUUUAAUUUGGAUUUAUUUCGUUGUGGAAUCUCUUUGUUUUCCUUCACUAUGGAUCAACUGGUCUUGCUGCUUAUAACUAUUCCCCUCUCCAUGACUUUGGAAGUCACACUCAUGAACACCAAGCUUGAAACGUCAGAUCUAAAGUGGACAACGUUUCCCAAUGUGGAUGGCCAGUGGGAUGAAAUGUCUGGCUUGGACGAUGAGCAGACCACAGUGCGUACUUACGAGAUUUGCAAUGCUCACCUUUCUGGCCAGAACAACUGGUUGCGCACUAACUACAUCCAGCGAGGUCCAGCUCUUUUUGCAUAUGUGGAGCUUACAUUUACCAUGCUAGAAUGUUCAUCCCUACCCCAUGCUGGACGUUCUUGCAAGGAGACAUUCAACCUUUACUACUAUCAGGACAACUCAGACACUGCAAAUGACCAGUACCCACCCUGGAUGGAAAAUCCGUGGGUAAAGGUGGAUACUGUGGCAGCUGAUUUCUUGGGAAGACGGGGCAGCCGUGGAAAUGGAGGCUCAACACGGAUCAAUGUUAAGACACUGCGUUUGGGUCCCUUGAAAAGUAAUGGUUUCUACUUGGCAUUCCAAGAUCAGGGGGCUUGUAUGGCACUAUUGGCUGUUCGUGUCUUUUACCGACUGUGUCCAUCUGCUGUGGCAUCGUUGGCAUACUACCCUGAAACAGUGUCAGAUGGAUUAGUGGUGUCUGCAGAGGGGAGUUGUGUGGAUGGAGCAGAAGGUUCACCUGGGAGACGUCCUACCAUGUAUUGUAGGGAAGAUGGAGAGUGGGCAAAGCCUGCUGCAGGAGAGUGCAUCUGCUCAGCAGGGCAAGAGGAAAGGGAUGGGCGGACCAAGUGCACAGCUUGCCCACCUGGCUUCUUUAAGCCCACUGUAGGAGAGAUCUCUUGCCAAGCCUGUCCCCCUAACAGCUUCUCUGCUGGCCCUGGAGCAACAGUCUGUAACUGCAAGUUGGGGUUUUACAGAGCACCCACUGACCCUCCAACUGCAUCCUGCACCACCCCACCAUCUGCUCCUCGAAGCAUUGUCUCCCGCUUAAAUGGUUCCUAUGUUGAUCUGGACUGGAGUGAACCACUGGACUCUGGCGGGCGAGCAGAUCUGUAUUAUGAUGUGCAAUGCACUGAAUGUGCUGGGGGUGGACCUUGUUCACCUUGUUCCCGCCUAUCCUUCUUUCCUCGUUCUCAAGGACUGACUGAUCGUAGGAUUCGUGUCACUGGGCUCCGCCCUCGAGUUACUUACACAUUUCGCGUGUUGGCACGAAAUGGAGUGACAGAGCGCAGUGGAGCUGUGCCCAGUGGAGAGGAGCUUAAUGUCACCACUGACCGUGAUGUACCUCUUCCUGUGACUGGCAUCCAGCAAAUGGCAGCUUCAGAGACCACACUGACACUACGUUGGACACCACCGCACCCACCUCCUCCCAAUGGUGGGAACAUUCUUGAUUAUGAAGUGAAAUAUUAUGAGAAGGAUCAGGAGAAACCUUUGGUUAUGUUCCUGAAGACCCCAGGCAGUGAAGCUCAACUGGUCGGGCUCCAAACAGGAGCAGUGUAUGUGGUGCAAAUACGUGCGAGGACAGAGGCUGGAUAUGGGGCAUUCAGCGGAGAUGCCCUAUUUCAGACCCUGACACAGGAUCUGGAGAGGGCACAGCCUCAGGUGGCUUUAAUCGCUGGCACAGCUGGUGUGGGCACUCUUCUAGUCCUAGCGGUGAUCAUCACAGCUGUUGUGUGCGUCAAGAAGCAUGGAAGCAAUAAGGAACCAGAGUACUGUGACAAACCUGGACAAUACCUCAUCGGACACAACACCAAACUCUACAUUGAUCCUUUCACCUAUGAAGAUCCAAAUGAAGCUGUGAGAGAAUUUGCUAAGGAAAUUGAUGUAUCGUAUGUGAAAAUUGAGGAGGUUAUUGGAGCAGGUGAAUUUGGGGAGGUUUGUAGAGGACGACUUAAAGUUCCAGGGAAGAAAGAGAACUAUGUGGCUAUCAAGACAUUAAAGGGGGGAUACACAGAACGGCAGCGGCGGGAGUUUUUGAGUGAAGCCAGUAUCAUGGGGCAGUUUCAUCACCCUAACAUUAUCCAUCUGGAAGGGGUAAUUACCAACAACUGCCCUGUUAUGAUCAUUACUGAGUACAUGGAGAAUGGAGCCCUUGACUCGUUUCUCAGGCUAAAUGACGGUCAGUUCACACCCAUCCAGCUAGUGGGAAUGCUGAGAGGUAUCGCUUCUGGGAUGCGUUAUCUGGCAGAGAUGAAUUAUGUUCACCGGGAUCUGGCUGCAAGAAACAUUCUGGUGAACAGUAAUCUGGUGUGUAAAGUGUCAGACUUUGGCCUUUCGCGGUUCCUGCAGGAGGGAUCCACUGACCCUACAUACACAUCUUGUCUGGGUGGAAAGAUCCCAAUACGCUGGACAGCCCCAGAAGCCAUUGCCUUCCGCAAGUUUACUUCUGCCAGUGACGUCUGGGGUUAUGGAAUUGUAAUGUGGGAGGUUAUGUCAUUUGGUGAACGACCGUAUUGGGACAUGUCUAAUCAAGAUGUGAUUAAUGCCAUAGAGCAAGAUUACCGUCUACCAGCACCUCCAGACUGCCCUUCUGCGUUGCACCAGUUAAUGCUGGACUGUUGGCAGCGAGAUCGUGCUGCUCGACCGCGUUUCACAGAUAUUGUCAGCUCCUUGGACAAACUUAUUCGCAAUCCAGCCAGCCUUAAGAUAACGACACGAGAGCAACCAGGACCCUCGCAGCCGCUCCUGGACCAGCGUACCCCUCAUUAUUCUUCCUUCUCUAACGUGAGUGAAUGGCUUCACGCCAUCAAAAUGGGCAGAUACGAGGAUGGAUUCAGAAACGCAGGGUUCACCACUUUCAGUCGAGUGCGGCAGAUCACAGCAGAAGACCUUCUCCGGAUGGGCAUUACCCUCGCCGGUCACCAAAAGAAAAUUCUCUCCAGUCUUCAACAAAUUGUACCUGUAGAGAAGCCCCCUUCCGGCCCUGCCCCCUGCUAUUAACUGUGCCUUUUGUAGUGUUAGACUCAGGACCAAAAGCCCAUUGUGAAAAUGCAAAGGAGAAACUGCUAAGCUGGUUCCGUCGAUACCUUGCUGAUAUUGCAACUCCAUUGAUACCUUACAUGAUGCUGGGACUUUUUAUGUAAUUUCAUUUACAAAAUAACAGUGCUAGGGUCUGGCUGUGUAUAUGUACAUAAGUACAAUUAUUCAGGCCUCACUUUCUACACUCUGUGUGUUAUUACACACUAAAUAUAUAUAUAUAUAUAUAUAGCACUGUGAGACUCCCCUUGUUAUAUACACCCUGUACAAUAUGUAUAUAUGCAUUGUGAAAAUGUCAUUUUGUUUUUCAUUUUUAUAUUAAAUUAUUUGAUAAUAAAAUAAUUAAAAAAACAAA